AUGGUGCUCAGCACCCACCUCGCCUCGUCCCUCCGGCCAGCCCUGGCAGCUCUGUGCCGGACAGCCCCCGGGCAGUGCCGGGGGCUCAGCACCCCCACGGGACUGGGGCACACACUCAACCUUGGGGGCAUCUUCCCGCCCCUCGCCACCCCCUUCUCACCCAUGCAGGAGGUGGACUAUGCCCAGCUGGAGGGGAACCUGCGCCGCUACGCCAGCAUCCCCUUCCGAGGGCUGGUGGUGUUGGGCUCCAAUGGGGAGUACCCCUACCUGGCACCCCGUGAGAGGCUGGAGGUGGUGAGCUGCGUGCGCCGGGCUCUGCCCAGGGACCGCCUGCUGCUGGCCGGCUCGGGCUGUGAAUCCACCCAAGCCACCAUCGAGCAGACAGUCAGCAUGGCAGAGGCAGGAGCUGAUGUGGCGCUUGUUGUGACACCCUGCUACUACCGGGGGGCCAUGACCAGCGCUGCCCUGGUCCAGCACUACACGGAGGUCGCCGACGCAUCCCCCAUCCCCAUUGUGCUCUACAAUGUCCCCGCCAACACCGGCCUGGACCUGCCCCUGGAGGCUGUCCUCACCCUGGCUCAGCACCCCAACAUCAUCGGGAUCAAGGACAGCGGUGGGGACAUUACCCGCAUGGGGCUGAUGGUCCACAAGACAAGGCAAGAGGAUUUCCAGGUGCUAGCAGGAUCAGCUGGCUUCCUGCUGGCGAGCUACGCCCUGGGUGCCUCGGGGGGGGUCUGUGCCCUUGCCAACGUCCUGGGGGCCCCACUGUGCCAGCUGGACAGCCUGUGCCAUGAGGGACGCUGGCAGGAGGCCCGUGACCUGCAGCACCGGCUCAUCGAGCCCAACAUGGCGGUCACCCGUCGGUUUGGGGUCCCAGGACUGAAGAAGGCCAUGGAGUGGUUUGGCUACUAUGGGGGUCCCUGCCGCGCACCCCUGGCCCCGCUGAGCCCCUCCCAGGUUGAGGAGCUGAGGGGCACCUUCAGCACCAACGGCUGGUUGUGA